AAAGGACACAGCUGAGGAGCUUUACUGUGCACUGUUUACACUCCACUGGGCACUUCAUUGCAAUAUGCACUACAGUCGCUGUGUGUGGUGACUGCAGCCCUGCUACAGGUUCGUUUUGGGCUGUGGUCAGAGGCUCCAUGGCUUCAGGUGGAGCAGAAGAAGACGAUGGAGGCAUUCCAUUGGAUAUUGACAAUGUGCACAUGCUCCUCCAAGUGGAGCAUGAACAGAUUCAGAAGAGGACAUUCACCAACUGGAUAAAUGCUCAACUUGCUAAGAGAUGCCCUCCCUCAUUUGUGUCAGACCUGUUUUCUGACCUCAGAGAUGGGGCACAGCUGCUUGACCUGCUGGAGGUGAUGAGUGGUCAGUCGAUGAAAAGACAAAGGGGCCGUGGGGUUUUCCAGCAGAGGGCCAACAUUGAGACAGCACUGAACUUUCUCAAGAAAAAAUCUAUUAAACUGGUGAACAUCAACAUCCCAGAUAUCAUAGAUGGGCGCCCAUCCAUCAUCCUCGGCCUCAUAUGGACCAUCAUUCUCCACUGUCACAUUGAGGAGCUGGCCAAUGCUCUCUCCUUCAGCUCUCGUCAUUCCUCCCUGGACUCUCUGUCCAGCCUGGACUCCUGGUCUGGCAGCCCCGUCCCAGCUAGUCCGGUCCCUGCAGGCCGGACGUCGCCUCUCCACAGACGCUUCCGCAUAUCUGCCAAGAAGGCCCUGCUCAUGUGGGUCAGGGACCAGUGCCAAAAAGUUCAUUGUUCUGUCAGUGUGAGGGACUUCAAGUCAAGCUGGAGAAGUGGAGAGGCCUUCCUGGCCAUCCUGUGUUCUCUCAGACCACAGCUAGUCGACCUCUCAUUGGUUCCGUCGAGAAGCAACCAGGAGAACCUGGAAGAAGCGUUUCACGUGGCUGAGCGGGAGCUCCACAUCCCCCGCCUGCUGGAGCCCCAGGAUGUCGAUGUCAAAGACCCGGAGGAAAAGUCCAUUAUGACUUAUGUGGCCCAGUUUCUACAGUACUCCAAUGACAUGCCAACACCUGAUGAUCACCUGCAG